UAGUUAUCGGUGUCCGAUGCCCGCCUGUGCGCCACUCCAAACAUCUUACGCCAUACCAUCGCCACGCGCUCCAUCUUCAGGACUCCGCCAGAUCGCGCCAAUUUCAGCACAAGCCUUCCUCGUGCCACCGCUGCGCCAUGAAAGCUACCACCGCCGAGCUCUCCACGAAGGACACCACUGCCGAGCCCUCCACGUGACUACCGCAGAGCCUCCCGAUAGCCGUACCACGACCGCCUUGGGCCGCAGCCUCAACCUCUCCGCUCUUAACCUCUCACCGAGAAACUAAUCGACGCCAGCGGAUAAAGGACGGCAAACACACCGCUGGAAUCCUUAAGCCCAAGCUUACGACCUAACUCUCCAGCAACAAGUGCUGCUACUGCAGUGUUGAUUCGCCAAAUCGCGGUCUGGCAAGGAGACAACCGGAAGGCAAACUUCAAGUUUCGCAGAACGACAGUAGUUCGAAUGGGCAGUCUCAUCGACCCUUUUAUGAGCUCGGGUCUCCCUACUCUUCUACGUCAGUCCUUGCGCAGAAAGUUAGGAAUACCGUAAGGGCAUAGCCUGCCGCAUACGCCUCGACUCCAGCGGCUGUACCAGCCAUGCGACUCCCAUGUGCACUCGACAAGACCAGACGGACCGCACCGGAGCAGCUCAUUUGUGGACAAUCUUCAGAAUUCUUUGUUCACGAUCCUUUGCGAAGACAUGGAAAGCUGUCGGCGGAGGAUUGCCCUUCGACCCACUGCCUGUCGCUGGAAAAACAACAUGCCGACGCACGACCGCCAUCGUCUCCAACGUCACUGCUGUGGGCGCAGCAACCGGAGCACGAUGAAUACUACCUCAAGCGAGAAGACUUCUUUCCAACCGGAGCUGAGUCUUGAUCCAAUGCCACUCCCUUCCUCGCCUAGGAACUUUCGAACUCCAGUGCUCCGCAAACGCCUAGGCCUUGACACCAUGGACC